UUGUCACUCUUCUUGUCAGAUGGCUCUGGGUGUUUUGUCAGCAAGAAGUGUCAAAUUUCUGAGAUCUAGAACAAAAAAUUUAUAGUGAUGAAAGAAACUCUAUAUUAUAAGUGUUGUUGUUAAUGAAUGGUUAAAUUAACUGUAAUUUAAUCGUUUUCUUAUUUAAUUUGUCAUAAGUUUGUAAAUAUAUUUUAGACUUGAACUGCCGAAGGUUAGCAAAAUGGCAGCCACCAGACGAUUACAAAAAGAACUAGGCGAUAUUAGGAAUUCUGGAUUAAAAUCAUUCCGUGACAUUCAAGUGGAUGAAACGAACAUUUUAACAUGGCAAGGACUUAUAGUUCCUGACAAUCCACCCUACAAUAAAGGAGCUUUUAAAAUAGAAAUAAAUUUUCCUGCAGAAUAUCCUUUUAAGCCACCUAAAAUAAAUUUUAAAACAAAAAUUUACCAUCCAAACAUAGAUGAAAAAGGACAAGUAUGUUUACCAAUCAUAAGUGCUGAGCAUUGGAAACCUGCUACUAAAACAGAUCAAGUUAUUCAAGCUUUGGUCGCCCUCGUUAAUGAACCAGAACCUGAACAUCCACUCCGAGGAGACUUAGCAGAAGAAUACAUUAAGGAUAAGAAAAAGUUUACGAAAAACGCUGAAGAAUAUACGAAAAAACACAGUGAGAAAAGACCCGCUGAUUAAAAAAAUUGUACAUAAUUAGUGAAUAUCACUGAAUGAAAUUGCCGUGUGGUAUACAGUUUAGGGAUUCAAAUGGUGUUUUGUUAAAUUUAAACGUGUACAGGUAUCGCUUUUUUAAAGAAAUCUAGUCACUUUCUGACGUGAGGUUUAUCGGGAAUUUCACGUUACAUAGGAGGUAGAAAAUGCAUACACUGCUUUGAUGAGUUUUACUAUAUAUUUGAGAGAGUCAAUACCAAAGGGAUGUAAGCCACUUGUCAUUCUGGAAAAUAAAGCUUGUUGCUUUUAUUAUUUAUAUAAGCUAAAUUCAAUUUUUUCAUGACCAUCUAGAUGUUAAAAGGACAGACAUCAUCACUAGAUAAAAUCUAGAGAUCAUCAUUAUAAGUUGGCAUUAAGUCUCCCUAAUACAGGGUGUCCCCGAAAAUAGUGCGUUCCUAUAAGGUAUGGAUAUAAUACACAAUGUAGAACAAAAAAGUCCUAUAACAUUUUUUUCUAAAGUUUUACCGUUUCCAAAAAAAAUACAUUUGUUCACCAUGUAAGCGAACUUUUAUUUUCAUUAAAAUUAACUAAUUUGGCGUCACUGUAUAAGAACUGUUUGUGAUUUAGUUUAUUGACACCACAAAUGUAGGUCAGACAGGUACACCUGCAAAAUAAUUGUACCACCCCAUGUUUGAAAAUCCAACAAAACAAGAAUUUGUUUGUUUGUUUAGGAUGAAGACAGGGUUUAAUGUAAAUACUUAUCGCUAAAAUGCUGCAACUAUUUUUGAAUUGUGAUUGUCUAUGUUUAGAUUUUUGUAUACAUAGUUGUUAGAUUUCAAUUUGCAUACCAAAAUGUAUUUUGGUUUUUUAGCCAAACAGUUGCAUUUAGAAAAAAAUGUUAUAAGACUUUUUUGCUCUACAUGGUGCCUUCUACCUAUACCUUUAAGGAACACACUAUUUUCGGGGACACCCUGUAUAUGAGGAGUGUAGAAUCAAAACUAGCUCUCUUCAAUUUUCGUUUUACAAACACGAAAACCUUAAUUUAGUUAUAAAAAGUGCAUAUUAAGCUCUAAAUGGGUCAACUUCUUCUGAGGGAUCACAGACUUCAUUAUCCUCCUUAUUAUCAUUGUCUUCAUUUCCAUUGUCGAUAAUAUGAAGAUAAAACUGCAGUUCUCUAAUACCUCUCCAGACAUUUUCAUAAUGUUUUUAGUAGUGUUUCCACAUUGUCUUGUUUUUCGUACUUUACUCAAUUUGAUUUAGGAAUUAUAAUAAGUUCGAAAUUGAAAGAAUUAUAAAGUUUUUGCCUUUUUAUUAAUGGACUUUUUACACAAGUUUACUUUUAGCCCUGUAGGUGUUUUCACCUUGUAGCAACACCGAUGUUUUAUUUUUGCGGGGUAUACUUUUUUACAAGAUUUAAGGCCAAAAUGCCAUGAUGAUGAUAAUUUGGUCAGCUACUGCUUUCCAGGUGAGGAAAUCUAAGUGCUCACCAAUUUUUUUUAUUGUGACAAACUGUGCUGUUAGAUCUAAGUAUUCAUUGAGUAUGAGCAAUAAUUAUUAUUAUUUCGCUUUUUUUAUUAAUUGUUCUAUAUUUUAGUGAAUUUAAAUAAUGGAAUACACAAUACGAAAUUAUUGUUGUUUGUUCCCUAAAUUAAUAUUUGUCGUUUAUUAUUAUUGAUAAUAAUAGACGGAUAUGCAGCGCCGAAACAUUUCUGAAUUUUCUAAAGCUAGUUUUUCCACAGUUAAUUACCGUGAUUGUGUAGAGAAACAUACUGCGGUCAGUCAAGCGAAACGUAGAACAGGUGGUACUGACAGCUUGUCAAAGUUACUUACCUGAGGAGGUAAUUAAAUCCAUUUACUAAGGCUGAAAAUCACUACACACAUUCUAAAUUGAAUAUAAAUAAAAGUUAUUAUAGUCGGUCAGCUGUAUGACGGGACAGAGCCGGUCGGUCGGCCCCAAUGAAUAUACAGGGUUAUUCACUAUAUUUUGACCCCCUUGUAAACUGCUUUAUUUACAGAAUUAGAAAAAUAUGUAAAAUACAAACGUUAUUCGAUUUUUUAAUUAUGAUUUUUUGACAUAUAUAUCAUACUGGAGACGUCAUCCAUCUGGGCGUGAUGACGUAAUCGACUAUUUUUUUUAAAUGAGAAUAGGGGUCGUGUGCUAGCUCAUUUGAAAGGUUAAUUCUAUAUGCAGUAAUAUAAACGUUAAGAUCAUUAUUUAUACAGGGUGUCCAAAAAAAAUUUAAUUAUUAAUUAAACAAUUAAUUUAAUUAAAAUUUUUUUUAAACACCCUGUAUAAACAAUCAUGUUAAUGUUUAUAUUACUGAAUAGGGAAUUAAAUAACCUUUCAAAUGAGCUAACACACGACCCCUAUUCUAAUUAAAAAAAAUAGUCGAUUACGUCAUCACGCCCAGAUGCAUGACGUCCCAGUACCAUAUAUAUGUCAAAAAAUCAUAAUUUAAAAAUUGAAUAAGUUUUGUAUUUUACAUUUUUUUCUAAUUCUGUAAAUAAAGCUGUUUAGAGGGGGUCAAAAUAUAGUGAAUAACCCUGUACAUUCAUUGGGGUCGACCGACCGGCCCUGUCCCGUCAUACAGCUGACCGACUAUAAUAACUUUUAUUUAUAUUCAAUUUAGAAUGUGUGUACCGGUUUGCAGCCUUAGUAAAUGGAUUUAAUUACCUCCGCAGGUAAGCAACUUUGACAAGCUGUCAGUACCACCUGUUCUACGUUUCGCUUGACAGACCGCAGUAUGUUUUUCUACACAAUAAUCAACUGUGAAAUAACUAGCUUUAGCAAAUUCAGAGAAAUUUUUCAGCGCUGCCUCUUGGACUAUAAUAUCGUGUUUCUGGGAUGAUUUUCGAAGUUCAAUUAGUUAUAUACAAUCUGCUUAAUUAGUAAAAAAAUGGGCGAAGCUUAAUAGGGUCGUUUUAUUACAAAAUAAUAUAAAAACCACUAAGUAGUUACCCUAGAAACGACGAAAUAAUACGUCCUUUCGCACUCAAACGCCGCUCAGCCACUCAAAGAGUGGCUGAAUGUGAACACAUACUCGUGCUUGCGCUGCCUUUCCUUUGACUUUCGUCCCAAAAAACCGACUUUUGGGGGAGCGCCGUGCAGUGGCAGCGCGAGUGACUUAUUUACACUCUCACGCUGCCCACUUCCCUGUCCAACAGGACUGAGUGUAAAUCCGGUAUUAGUUUAUAGACGGCGGCUCCAGCUUUUUCAAUGGGUAUUCUUAUUUCUCUAUUUAUAUCCCAGUUAUCGUUAACGUUGGCGCCCAAAUAGCUAAUAUACGCUCUGGUGUUCAUUGGUUGUAACUUCGUUUUGCUGAAAACCAUAAGUUUUGUCUUAGAAGUAUUAAGUUUUAGCCCAUAUUCAUCACAUGCUUCGGUCACCCUGUUUAUUAGUCGUUGUAAGUCUUCUUCAUCGGAGCAAUCAAUACCAUGUCAUCUGCGUAUCUGAGAUUGUUGACAUUAAUUCCGUUGAUUUUAAUGCCUGCAUCUUCAUCUAAGGCUUCUUUGAAAAUGAAUUCGGAGUAGAUAUUAAAAAGUAGAGGCGAUAAAAUACAUCCUUGCCUCACUCCGCGUAGCAUUUCCACUGCUUUCAUCGUGUUUUAACCAAUUAGUAUGUUUGCACAUUGAUGCCAAUACAAAUUUUUGAUAAUACGGAGGUCUUGGUCAUCAAUUCCCACCUGUUGCAAGACAUAUGUCAUGGAUAACUCGGUCAAAGGUCUUUUCGAAAUCAAUAAAAGCCUUUUCGAAAUCAAUAAAACACAUGUAAACCGGUUGUUGUAUGUCCCUACAUCUUUAAAAAAAUCUCUAAAAGAAACAAAUUAAUAACUAAAAAAUACUGCUCAUUUUUAAAGAAAAGAGCUAUGCAACUAAUUAUUAUUAGAAGUUGAUGGCUGAUAAAAGUAAACAAACACUAUCAUUGCAUCAGAUGAAUAGAGUGAUUAAAUCUGAGUGAGCCCUCUCCACCCACUUUACAAGCCUCCUAUUGGUCGGUUGGAGAAAUACAGGUUUCAUCUUUGGAGAAAGACGGGUUUUAUUCAAAAUUUUUGUUUUAACAUUUAAUUUAUAUUGGGUAAACCUAUUUUUUAAUCAAACUAAAGUCUGUUUUAGACUAUACCUUUUUUUGUUAACGGAAAAUGGUAUAACAAAAAUUUAUAUGAAAUGAUUGUAUACAAUAUCAAUACAAGAAGUUUUGUGUAUUACAUCGUCACAUUUUCGUAUUAGAAUAUGUAAUGUGAUUUUGCGUAUUACAUGCUAAAAAAGUACUUUUUUAUAUUUUUAUGUACUGUUAACCUUAAUGUUCUUCUUCUUCCUUUUCUUUUAAUAAUGCGUUAACCUCAUUUUUCUCAACAUUUAACCUAUACUAAAUUUAUAAUCAAGAUGCAGUAGAAAUAAACAAACCAAGACACGUUAAAUGAUACCAGGAGCACUCCCGAAUCAUAAUUUAUAAUGUAUAAACUCUGGAAAUCAUGAUUUGGGAUUUACAAUGUAUAUAGUGCCGGCAAGAAAAAUCUUUACAUUGCCAAAUAAAUCACCGAAUGUGAAGACAAUUUGCAUGCGUUCUGUCUGCGCUUGGAGGGGAGGGUAGGGGAGGGGGGAUAGCGUACUUCCGACGGCAAUUAUCUGUAGUUUACGGACCCCUUGGCUUAUUUAGGGUAUUUUGCGCAUUUACACUGUAAACAGUUGGCUUUGUGUGAGUAGUCAGCGUUAAACUUCGUCUCAUUUACUGCGUAAACUUUGAGAUCGUCAAAUCCUAAAUUGAACUGACAUAUGGAUCGAAAGAAACUCAUAAAAGAGGAGAAGGUUCGUGCUUUAACUUUACUGGAGAAAGGGGACUCUGUAAUUACCGUAGCACGUGAUAUUGUGCUUCAAGAGAGGCUAUUUAUCAACUGAAACCUUGCCGCCGAACGUUUCAGUUGAUAAAUAGCCCCUUUUGAAGCACCAAUAUCACGUGCUACGGUAAUUACAGAGUCUCCUUUCUCCAGUAAUGUUAAAGCAUGAACCUUCUCCUCUUUCGACGAGUUUUUUUGACCCAUAUUUGUCAAUUCAAGUUAGAAUUUGACGAUCUCAAACUUUAUGAGGUAAAUGAGACGAAGUUUAACACUGACUACUCAAACAAAGUCAACUGUUUACAAUGCAAACGCGCAGAAUACCCUAAAUAAGCAAAGUGGUCCGUAAACUACAGAUAAUUGCCGUCGCAAGUACGCUAUCUCCCCUACCCUUCCCUCCAAGGGCAGACAGAACGCAUGCAAAUUGUCUUCACAUUUGGUGAUUUAUUUGGCAAUGUAAAGAUUUUUUUUGCCGGCACUGUACAUUGUAAAUAAUGAUUCUGGAGUGCUCGUAGUAGCGUUUAACGUGUUUUGGUUUGUUUAUUUCUACUGCAUCUUCAUUGUUAAUUUAGUAUAGUUAGUUUUUUCUUUGAUAUUUUAUAUUACAAAGAUAUUAUUUUAUGAUGGAUAAGAAAACUCUAUUAUUAUCUGCUGCUUCCAUUGCAACAUUUCUUAAAAGAAAAGGUAACCUUAAAAAACCAAUGUGACAAUAUAACGAAAAUAAACUGCGCAUGCCUGUGUACUAAUAAUUGGUAUCAAAUAGGACAUGUUCUAAUUUGUAUAACAUUUUUUGUUAACAGAUUUUGUUUUCUGUCUUACAUUGUGACAAAAUUUAGUAUACCAUUUUCUUAUAUCAUUUUAUGUAAUAGUCUAAAACAGACUUAAUACAAGUAAAUUCAGAAAAAAAAUGGAAAAAUCCUUUGUAAAAGGUAUAAAAUUUUUAUUAAAAUCCCUUUAAAGGGCUACAUCACAACAAAACGUUUUCGAUUUUUAUAAAAAGUUAGAUAAACUGGAUGCUAGCUUAGCCACAAAAGAAAAAUAUUCGGGUAAAAACCCUUUAAAUAUAGCAUAGAUGCGUUAAAAGUGCAUUCUUCAAUAAAAUGCCUUAUGAUGGUCACAUGGCAACUAGGAUAAUGCCCUAAGGUAAUGUAAAGAAUUUCCCAACACGUGGGAUCCAAAUUGAGUUGUUUACAUUCCAAUGACUUAAUGGCAACUGGCAACAAUCAGUUGCCAUUAAGUCAUUGGGAUGUAAACAACUCAAUUGCCAUGUGACCACCAUAAGGCAUUUUAUUAAAGUAUGCACUUUUAACGCAUCUAUGCUAUAUUUAAAGGGUUUUUACCCGAAUAUUUUUCUUUUGUGCCUCAGCUAGCAUCCAGUUUAGUCCAUCAUCAACACUGAUGAUGAUUUUUUAUAAAAAUCGAAAACGUUUUGUUGUGAUGUAGCAUUUGAAGGGAUUUUAAUAGAAUUUUUAUACCUUUUACAAAGGAUUUUUCCAAUUUUGUGAUGGUAUACAGCCAGCUACAGGAAAAACUUUUUCUUUUCCUUAUGCAUUUUGCAAAUUCAGAAAAUAUAAACAACUCAAUUGCGACCAUGGAUGUAGAAAGCGAGUUUUGAUUCUACACUCUUCAUAUUUUUGAAUUUUGAGAAAUUUCUCAUGAAUAUUGAAAAAUGUGCGUUACAUCACUUUGUAUCUCGCCUACUCAUUUGUUGGUAAAACAUUUCAAAAGUAGCUUUUUAUACAGUUGACACAGUUUGUUAAUAAACAUGGUAAUUACACUUUAUUUUAGUUAUUUACUGAAUUUUGUUUUUAAUUUUAAGAGAGUAUUGUCUUUCCUUCUUGGACAAAUGUUGAUUCAUCACAAACAAUUGACCAAACUGGAUUUCUCUUACUGUCCACGAUAAUUGAUUAUUGUUACGGGUUUAUUUAUCAUCUCCAAGAACAAAUGCUUCAUUUGAACUUUUUGAGUUUAUAUGGUACAAAAAAAUAACGCAUUGUUAAAAUGUAAGCUGUAGAUAGUGUAAUAAGUGGAAUUACCUGAGAAUAUUUUUGUGUAUUUACUGGUCCAUUUGUUGAUAUAUUAAAUUAAAUAUCGCACCCCCGCUGUAGCAGUGACCUAAGUCAAAAUAUACCAAUAUUGAAUAAAUUCUAAUUUAAUAGAAUUGAAAACUGAAUAUUAUUAUUGCAAAGUAAGAAGAGCUCAAAAUCUUUUUUUAUUAUGCUGUUGUAUUUUGAAUUUAUAAUGUAUAUAUGGUAUACUCUGUUGUCUCUUUGUUGCGGCAUUAAGAAAAUAUGAAAGUGGUUUUCCAAAUUAUUUGACCCCCACCCCUAAUACUUUAGAGUUGUGACAUUUUUCAGUUAACUUUAUUUGAACGAUUUGGUGAUAAAUUUACUUUAAUCAGUGUCUAAUAUUUUAUACGAAAAAAUAAAAACAGCUAAUAUAGAUAGGUGUUACAUUAGCUGAUAAUACUGUUCCGUAAAUUAAAAUAAGUGUAAAAACAACGAACAGUAAUAUUUAUUUAUUUGUGUCGGUAAAAUAGCGUGAAUAUUUCUCGAAAGAGGGUUGUUAUUGUUUUGCGAGGGUGUCUCCGCGCCGGGUGGUUGCUGUGACUAUACUGAAAAAAACACAUGUCUGUGGUUUUACGUUGAAGACUAAUUUAUCGACAUAAAGAGGCUGCCCCUUUAUCUGAUGUUUUAAAAGCUGAAAACAUUUCUGUCAAGAAGCGUCCUCUAAUGCAUUCAAAAAGUGAUUCAUUGACAUAAGGUCUGAGUUUAAGGUUUACGGACAUAAGGUUUACUAUUUAAUGGGGAAUUUUUAAACUGAGACUGAACAGGCCAUUACCAUCAGGUUUCGUAUAGAAAGAAUUGUGAAUUUUAAAUGACCCAUAUUAUUUUAGUUUAAAAAAGAAAGUUAAUAUUUAAAAUUAGCAAUUAAAAAAAUAAUAAAUGAAGCGUGUCGCUAUACUACUCUAUAACUCUAUAAUAUUUAAAAAGUAUUUUUUUAUUAUAAUUAAACUUAAAAAGUAUACAUUGCGACUAACAACUAACAUUAUUUUAAAGUUUAAAAUUGUGAAAAAUGAUAAUUAAAUUUUCCAAAAAAUCUACGUAAUAGCGAUAAAGAUCUUCCUUUUUGCUCUCCUUUAUGUUUAGUUUAUUUUUAUAUUGGUCUUUAAAGCAAAUUUAUUUCAGUAAAUUCACUUGCAGAAUACUUUGUUUUUAUAUAAAGAAUUCCUAGGUUACUGCGAUCAAAUUUUAAAACUUAUAUAACUUCAGUUAUUUUUAGUGAAUUUCAUAUAAACUCAAUUUUUACUUAUUUUUAGUAUUAAAAAAUUGUCGUAUUAAAAGUUUAGUAUUUUUAGUAGUAAAAACUUAAUAAAACAAGUAGUAGGUAACCUUUUACGCUUUCGAAAUGUCACAACUCAAAAUAGUUUCAGCAUCGCUAACUACAUAAAAUAAUCCACAAAAAAAUUACAUAGAGCGCAAAGGACAAUUUUAAACAAAUUAAUGAAAAGAAACUUAGGAAAACUGUUUAGUUUGAAUUUAUUUAAUAAUAAAAAUAAAUUUUAUGUUUUAAAGCACAUAAACCAAAAUUUACCUUCUUUUAGAAAUACAACGUAUUUAAUACUAAAAAAACGGACUUAAUCAAUAGAAACGACACAAUUCAAAAUGAUGCACUUUCAUGCAUACAAUCGCCUUAAAUGUUGAGCAUCAACUGAUUUAAUUUUUGAUGUGUCACUUCAGGUGUUGGCAUCUAGCGUAGCCACCAGUUUUGUAGAAGUGACACUACUGCCAUCUAAGGAAAACUAAGUGAAGUUAACGUGUGUGGUUUCUCUUGUAUAUAGAGUCGUUUUUUUGGAAUCGGUAACGCAAAAAUACAAAAAAUGAAAAAAUUUAGAGUUGUGUCACUUCUGAAGCGGGGUGCGAUAUGCUCAAAUGGAUAAUUUGUUUUUCGAGUUGAUUUUUAAAUCUAUCACAUGACUUUUUACUUAAACAAAUUUAAAUGAACAAUCUCAUUCAGUGAUUUGAUUACGCAUUUUCUUUUUUACACUUAACGGUUGAUUACAAAAUUUAGGUGUUUAUUUAUUUGAUCUUUCAUGUUCUGUAUUAUUUUGUUUUGCGCGGUUUAGCAUACAGAAGUUUAGAGAUAAUUAUUUCUAUCAAACAAAACUUUUGCAUAAUAUUUAAAUAUAUUAAUAUAAUAUUCGAAA